UCUACUUAUUUUUAGACUUGUUUCAAUGUAUAUUUUGCUCAGUAUGAUUCAUACUAUGCUGUUUUUCCUAGUUAUUUCAGGGGACAAUGUGAUUAGACGUACAAGUCGUCCAAAAGAAAAAUAACCAGGUGCCAAAUCAUCCGACUGACUCUGCCAUGAGGACUAAGAAUUGGGACCGGAUGACCGAGAGGAUCUUGGAUCUCACUCUGGAGAUCAUCCACCUGCUGACUGGAGAGAAUUAUACAAUAGCAAGGAAGUCUGGGGAGCGUUUGACAUUUGGCCAUAGCCCUUGUUUGCCAGGAAUUCUCUGCAAGUCCCAGAGCCCCAGCACAGUACCUCCACAUCACACGAUACAUGAGAAAAACAAUGACCAGAAGAUCCUGGAACUGACCAAUCAGAUCAUCCAGCUGCUGACUGGAGAGGUUCCUAUAAGGUGUGAGGAUGUCACUGUCUAUUUCUCCAUGGAGGAGUGGGAGUAUCUGGAAGGACACAAGGAUCUCUACAAGGAUGUGAUGAUGGAGACCCACAAGACCUUCAGUUCAAUGGUAGAUGGAUUCAUAAAGAGAAAUCCAGCAGAUGGACUCCACGCCUCUAUAUUGUCACCAGAUUAUUUAAACAAACAUGUCAACUUUAAACAGAAAAGAAAAUGCCGCAGGCUAAAAAAAACAAAAAAGAGACAAAGCAAAUCUUUGAGACAGGAAACUGCACCUUCUGGGCAAGGACUUUUCCAACAAGCAGACAUUUACACACAAGUACAGACGCAAUAUCAAUCUACUCAUAUUCAGGAGGCAUCAUCCUCACAUGAAGAAGGAAAGUUCACAGAUAUUGACAUUCAUAUACCCACAGAGCAUACAGAGACAAAAUCUCCAUCUACUCAAGCCGCACGACAAGAAGAAAAUCGCACAGACACUGACAUCUAUACACCUACGGAAUAUACAAAGGCAGCUUACACAUCUACUGAUAUCAAGGUGGAAGAAGGGACUCUUACAGAAACAGGCAUUGGCAUUACUUCCAAAUAUAUACUAACAGAAUAUACAUCUGCUCAUAUUAAGGAUGAGCCAGCCUCAUGCGAGGAAGAAAAUCUCUCAGACAUGGGUCAUAGUACACCAACAGAGCACACACAGACAGACUGUCCAUCUACUCAUAUUAAAGAGGAAUCGGCUUCAUAUGAAGAAGGAAAUCUAACAGACACUGACAUUUAUACACCUACAGAACAGACACAGACAGAAUAUGUAUCUAGACAAAUUAAGGAGGAAUCAGGAACUCUCACAGACCUUUUUAAUCCAAUGGAAUAUACUCCUACUCAUUUGUCUUAUCCAGCAACACUUGUAGAUGCACACUGGGAAUUCUUUGGCUCUGACAAUGAUUUCAAUAAUUGCUUAGAUUUUCCAGCAGAAAAAACAUUUUCUUGCUCAGAAUGUGGCAAGUGUUUCACGCAGGAGUCAUAUCUCCUCGUACAUCAGAGGACCCACACGGGAGAGAAACCAUUUUCGUGUUCUGUGUGUGGGAAGUGUUUUAUUCGGAGAGCAUAUCUUAACACACAUAUGAUAAUUCACACAGGAGAUAAACCAUUUUCAUGUUCUGAAUGUAAGAAAUGUUUCAAUAGAAAAUCAACUCUAGAUAGACAUCAGAGGAUUCACACGGGAACAAAGCCUUUCUCUUGUUCCGAAUGUGGGAAAUGCUUCAAUCAGAGAUCAACUCUUGUUACCCAUUGGAGGAUUCACACAGGGGAAAAACCAUUUACUUGUUCCCAUUGUAAGAAAUCUUUCAGUGAUGCUUCAGGCGUUUUUAGGCACAACUUGAUUCAUGCAAAUGAAAAAACAUUUUCUUGUUCUGAAUGUGGGAAGUCCUUUAGUCUGAAGUCUGCACUUAAAGCACACCAGAAGCUUCACGCAGCAGAGAAGCCAUAUUCUUGUUCUGAAUGUGGGAAAGGUUUUAGUCAGAAGUCACAUCUUAUAAUACAUCAUAGAAUUCACACGGGAGAGAAAAUAUUUUCUUGUUCCCAGUGUGGAAAAGGUUUUAGUCAAAAAUCACAUCUUCUUAAUCAUCAGAGGACUCAUACGGGAGAAAAAACAUUUUCAUGCCCUGAAUGUAAUAAGUGUUUCACUAAUGAGUCAGGUCUCAAUACACACCAGAGGCUUCAUACAGGAGAAAAAGCAUUUGGUUGUUCUGAAUGUGGCAAGAGCUUCAUUCAAAAGUCCCAUCUUAUUGUUCAUCAGAGGAUCCAUACAGGAGAAAAGAUGUUUUCCUGUUCGGAGUGUGAGAAAUGCUUCAGCCAGAAGUCACAUCUUGUUGUCCAUCGGAGGAUUCACACUGGAGAGAAACCAUUUUCAUGUUUUAAGUGUGAAAAGAGUUUUGGAACUAAAGAUCGUUUGAACAGACAUCUAAAAAAUCACACAUGUGAGACCUGAACUUCAUCAAAGUAGGCAUAUAUGGAAAAUGACUAACUUGGCUACACGGUAGCACACGUUAACUAUCUUGGAGAAAUUUUAUUACAGUUCUGUGCAUGUUUUUUUUAAAUAUAGAUUCAUGAUCAAGUAUAAUGCAUCUUUUUGCUCGUGUGGUCCACUAGCACAAUUAAAAUUC